AUGCGGGUGGCUGAAAGGUACAGGAGAGAUUCGGGAUUGCCUGGGGCUACGAAUGAUCAAAUUAGCGAUGAGGUGCUGGGAGUGAACAAGGCUUUAGCGACAGCGACCCAGACAGCCUCGAUUACGAUUCUAGAGGAGCAACAAAAGAAACAAAAAAAGGCGCUCAAGACGUUAGAGAGAUUCGCAAAACAAUGGACGGAGCGCGAAACGUCGCUUCAGAUUAUACAGCAGUGCAUGAGGGAGAGGACGCAGGUGUUGGUCGGGGUCGACAUCGAGGCGUAUGAGUAUAAUCACAAGAUAGUGACCGAGAUCGGGAUCGCGACGCUGGAUCUGUCUACAGUCGAUAAUGCGCGGAAAGCGGAACCGGAGGUGCGGCAUCUGCGACCGAAAGAGAAUGUUAGAUACAAGAACAAAGUGUAUGUGCCGGAUCACUCUGAGGACUUCAGUUUUGGCAAGUCAGAAGUGCUGCCUAUGAAACGGUGUGCGUCUGAACUCCAGCAUAUAUUUUCCGACAUAGGCGACCGUGCCGUCUUUGUCGCGCACGGCUCGGUUCAAGACAUCAAAUGGCUGAACAGUAUGGGCGUCAAACUACCGACGAACAUGCCCCAGAUCAACACACAACAUGUCUGGAAUCAGUUAUACGGCGACAAAGCGCCAGCUAAGCUGGAGUAUAUCCUCAGAGAUCUCGGAAUCAAGUUUAAGAACUUGCACAAUGCGGCGAACGACGCGUAUUACACCGUGCAGGCUGCUGUGAGAAUGGGUGAAGAGGUGGAGGAGCAGCUGCCGUGGUGGCCGCGGUCGCGGUCGCAAUCGCCAUCGCAAUCGCAAUCGUCAUCACCAUCGUCAGAAACCUCCUCUGGUGAGGAGGAGGCCUCGUCAUCGUCAUCGUCAUCGUCAUAA